UCUUCCUCCAUGCAACUCUUCAAUGGAGGGUGUUCCUUCAAAAAAAAACUCUUCAAUGGCGGGCGACAACGGGUCGGUGGUUCGGCGGCUCUACCUCUCUGUGUACAACUGGGUUAGCUUCUUCGGAUGGUUGCUGGUGCUAUACCAUGCAAUCUUGGCGCUGUUAGGCGGUGGCCAUGAGGCCGUCUAUGAUGCUGUCAAGCUUCCACUCCUGUUUUCACAAACUGCUGCAUUAGCAGAGAUUCUUCAUUCUAUUACAGGGUUUGUGAGUUCUCCAAUCAGUGCAACUCUUCCACAAGUUGGUAUAAGGACAUCAGUUCUCUGGUUCAUCGUGUGGAGAUUUCCUGAGACACAGUCUCAUGUCUGUCUUACUUCCUUGGUCCUAAGCUGGUCCAUUACUGAGGUCAUCAGAUAUCCUUUCUUUGGUUUGAGGGAGGCAUUUGGAAUCACACCUUUUUGGCUCCUAUGGCUCAGGUACAGCACGUUCAUUGUACUCUAUCCUAUCGGGCUUAUCAGUGAGGUCGGCUUAAUCUUCACUGCUAUGCCUCACAUGAAGGGAAGAUCCUUCUAUAUCUGCGCUGCAUUGACCACUAUCUACAUUCCAGGAUUCCCACGCAUGUACCGUUACAUGCUCGCCCAGAGGAAGAAGAACCUGUCCAAGUCCAAGGCGAAAGCCGCAUGACGCUCCAGACGAGCCUCACUGUACCAGACAGAGUAACCAGUGUCUCUGCCUCUCUGGAGGACGCGCUUCCCGGUUCUUUAUAGACCACGGAAUGUUAGAAUGCACUGCUCUUA